AUGAGGAAAGUAUUCAGUCUACUCUGUCUCACUGCUGUGUUACAUCUAUCAGUUUCCGGAGAGAAGCUGGAACCCGUUAAAUACAGAAAAUUGUCGUGCGGUCUGCGUUACUUUCUUUGGCCAAGCUGCUCAGACCCUAGCUCCUUGCAACAGAAGGUCUGUGGAAGCGACAAUAAAACCUAUGCAUCGUUUUGUGCCUUCAAAGUCGCCCGGUGCUAUGCCAAAAAAGACUACAAUACCAAAUUAACUCUUCAAUACAAGGGGGAGUGUGGAAAACCAGAAUCACCCAGAAUGACCUUAACGAAGGAUAGUCGGAGAAAUGGACCGUUUGGUUGCCCGAUUUUAAGAAAGUGCGACGAGUUUAAAGGUGAUCUCUCAUGUGGCAGCGAUGGACGGAUUUAUAUGAAUGAUUGUCACUUGAAUUAUACGAAGUGCCGGGGGAAGAAAUUCCUGAAGCCCAUGCCUUUAGGUUUUUGUCAAAACUCCAGAAAAUUCCUACCUGUUACAUCGUGCCCCAGAUAUUGUCCGACCAGUUCUCGACCCGUGUGUGGUGCGAAUCGUAAAACGUAUGAAAGUAUCUGUCAUUUAGACAGAGUCAUUUGUGCAUUGCGGAAGGAAAACAAUGCUUCUCUCGCUCUGUAUUUCUUUGGAGCAUGCAAUUCACCGGCCACACAAGAGCCUUGCCCGAAAUUGGAAGAGUGCAAAUCUGCGCCGAAGAAACCCGUGUGUGGGUCCAAUGGAAAAACGUACUCAAGUUUAUGUCACUUACGUGCCGCAAUGUGUCUCGGGAAGAGGCCAAAAGAUCAGAGAGCGUGCCAUGCCGCUUGCACAUUGCUAAAUAAUCCCAAGAAAUCUCCUGGAAAGAGCCCACAAGAAUUAAAGGCGUGCAUUGACACUUGUGCAUUGCAAAAUGCCGAUGAGAACCUUAAUUUGCAUUAUUUUGGAGAAUGCAACGCCCCUAUUAACCUAAAGCCUUGCCCAAGUAGGCAGGAAUGCCGCAUACAUGGGCCGAGAAAACCCGUAUGUGGUUCGAAUAGAAGAACAUAUCGGAACUUGUGUAUUUUUCGUGCAUCAUCGUGUCGCAAGACGAAGCCACUUAAGAUUUUAUAUGAAGAGAUUUGUUAAAAAAAAUAAUAAUAAAAUUAAGAACAGCGGCCAACUUAUCUUUUUAAAAAAUAACAGUUUACACAUAUCAAUAAACCAUUUCUGCGUGUCAUAAAUUUAUCUCAGUAAGGCCAGGCUCAAAUCCUUUCUUGUGGAAAUGCAUCAAUUUUGCUGUACCCCAGGAUUUACGUAAUGAGAGACAUUCUAAUAAUUUUAAAUCAGUGUUG